AUCCAAUUUACCAACACAACACAACACAACUCGAAAUACUACCCCGUCCAACAAGAAGGAACAAAAACCUUUGAACAAAAAAGAACCAACAGACAUUUUCUUCGCUCUCUCUCAGCGUCAAUCGCAAAUUUGCAAUAUCAUCAAUUCUUUUUUAGCUCAGUCUUUGGACAUUCAGAUUUCCUCAACUCAUCUGAACUCAGUGAAAGUUAUUGAAGCUUAUUUUUAUUACUUUUGGAACGUAUUUGAACUUGUAUUACCUGAAACUUAAGGCGAGGAGAAUGCACCCUUAAAGGGGUAUUCGUCACCUGAAAACGCAAGGAUAUGGAGGUAAAACCAACAGUAGCUUUAAGGGCAAUGCUUGUUGGAGGAAUAGCUGCUUUUGCAAAAAUAGCUGGUGCAAUGAAAGCUGCAGGGGGUGUAAAAUUGGGAGCAGCAGCAGCUGCUAUGACAGCUGCAGCAACAGCCGCUGUUACUGGAUCAAAAAAGGAUCAGCCAGAUGCUUCUAAACCGCCUGCAAAGUGACUUCUUUUAGCCGCUUUCUUUUCUAUAUCAACUAUCCGUUUAUGGAUGGCCAGUCAAUAAUACCAUUGAGUAGUUUGCAUUCCGAAAAUUUAUGGUAGGAAAGAUUGAAUUAUAUAGCUCGUGACUCGUGGUUCCCAUAUUUUGCUGGGAUUCAACUAGUCUCUCAGGAAAGAACUGUUAUGUGAGUGUAACGUUAUCUGUAAAAGGAUACGUGUAAACUAAAUGAAAAUGUUGCAGCUUGCUUCACAGUCAGCAACUCAGCAAGUUCUUAGUUUGCAAGCUUACUGUGAGUUGUGACUAGCUGAUGUUAAAGAGAAUACUUGCACUCAGAAUGAGAAUUACAAAUUUUAUUAGAAUAAA